AUGGCUCAGGUUCACCCGUCUAAUCUAUGGGGUGAAAGUUUACCUGCCAAGCUGAUCAAUGGAGGGAUAGCUGGGCUGAUUGGAGUCACCUGUGUAUUUCCCAUUGACUUGGCGAAAACUCGCCUGCAGAACCAGCAAAAUGGCCAGCGGAUGUACGCCAGCAUGUCUGACUGCCUCAUUAAGACAAUCCGCUCAGAAGGUUACUUCGGUAUGUACAGAGGGGCUGCGGUGAACCUGACUCUAGUGACACCAGAAAAGGCCAUCAAGCUAGCGGCCAAUGACUUCUUCCGGUAUCAUCUCUCCAAAGAUGGGAAGAAGCUGACGCUGCUGAAGGAGAUGCUGGCUGGCUGUGGGGCGGGCACCUGCCAGGUGAUUGUCACCACUCCCAUGGAGAUGCUCAAAAUCCAGCUGCAGGAUGCAGGCCGAAUUGAGGCCCAGAAGAAGCUAAUGGCAGCACAAGCCCAGCUCUCCUCUACCACUAGUGCUGGGGCAGCGGAGUCGGUAGUGGAGACACGGACCACGGCGACGCAAAUCACCAGGGAACUACUUCGGAGCAAAGGCAUCGCAGGGCUUUACAAGGGCCUUGGGGCCACGCUGCUAAGAGACGUCCCAUUUUCCAUCGUUUACUUCCCGUUGUUUGCGAACCUGAACAAGCUGGGCCAGAAGAGCCCUGACGUCAAGGCUCCAUUCUACGUGUCCUUCCUGUCCGGGUGCCUGGCGGGCAGCACGGCAGCAGUGGCUGUGAAUCCGUGUGAUGUAAUCAAGACAAGGCUGCAGUCCUUGAAAAGGGGAGUGAAUGAGGACACAUACUCAGGAAUCCUAGACUGCACCAGGAAAAUCUGGCAGAAGGAAGGGCCCCUGGCCUUCCUGAAGGGGGCGUACUGCAGAGCCUUGGUCAUUGCCCCACUCUUCGGCAUCGCACAAGUCAUCUAUUUCAUAGGCAUCGCGGAAUUCUUCCUAGACAUGCUUCCGAAGCGCCGGGAUUAA